UUUUUUUGAUAAGUAGUGUUGUGUUGAGAAACAGUGUUGGAACUUUGUGAAAGUUUUGUGUUUAACUAGUUGAAAUUAGACAGGAAAAUGCGAGACCAAAGAACGCAAAAAGAACGGGCGUAGAUGAUCUCCCCACCAGACAUAGAACCAACAAUAUGGAACAGAACGGACACCACAGAACUAACAAUAGAAAACGCCAAAGAAGAAAGAUACAACCUAACGAACACUUUCUACAACGUCAUUACAAGAAUAGAUGAGAAAGAAGAAUGUAACACCACGGUCAAUUCUUCUGUAGGGGCGACCUGUGGCGAACAAACGUAUGACUGCUUCGAAAUAAGUGUGGUUAUUAUUCUGUGUUUGCUUAUAGUGGUGACUGUGAUUGGUAAUACGUUGAUUAUUUCUGCUGUUGUGACGACUAAACGGUUGAGGACGGUGACGAAUUGUUUUGUGACGAGUUUGGCGGUCGCUGAUUUGUUGGUGGGGAUUUUUGUGAUGCCGCCUGCUAUUGCUGUGCAUAUAAGUGGUAAAUGGGAGCUCGGUUGGAUACUCUGCGACAUCUGGAUAAGUCUGGACAUCCUCCUCUGCACUGCCUCCAUCCUAUCCUUAUGUGCCAUCAGUGUGGACCGCUACCUAGCUGUCACCAGGCCUCUUACGUAUUCUAGAAGAAGAAGAUCCAAGAAGCUGGCUUUGACCAUGAUAUUCUUUGUCUGGAUCGCCGCUGGAGCUAUUACUUGUCCACCUAUGUUUGGUUGGUAUGAACCAGACCACAAUCAGAACGGGAACUGCCGCUACAAUCAGAACCCUGGCUACGUGGUGUUCUCUGCCAUGGGGUCGUUCUUCCUACCUAUGGCUGUCAUGGUGUAUGUGUAUGCCAGAAUCUCCUGUGUCGUGGCGAGGAGACACCAGCAGCUGGCUAGCAGUACUAAGUGUAGUAAGAAAGGAAAACUGUCCUGCAUACGAACAGAAUCCGAAUCCGGUUCCGACAAGAUGUCGUUACGACAAUCGGCUUCCAAACAGACUUCUAAAAACUCCACACAACCGAGCGACUGUUCCUCUCAAGACCACAAAUGUCCUUGCUGCUUCAGACCCGAAAAGAAGAAAAAAUACAGAAAUAAAGAAAAAGAGUCUAGAUUCUACAAUAAUGACGUGACUUUCAAAGCCAAUUUUAAGUAUAAAAACACGACUAGACGAACUCAUUCUAUGAAAGAACAUGUUGAGAAUAAUAGGGUAUCUUCUUUGAGAAGGGAGACCAAAACUGCUCAAACGUUAAGUCUGGUUGUUGGCGGUUUUGUGGCUUGCUGGCUGCCAUUUUUCCUAUAUUACCUUCUUACUCCUUUCAUACCUACGAACUACGUGAACCCAGUACUUAUGUAUAUACUCACAUGGCUAGGGUGGUUUAACUCAGCGAUCAACCCAUUCAUAUAUGCUUUUUACUCACCUGAUUUCAGAGUAGCAUUUUGGAGGCUUACCAUACGAAAAUGUAAGAGAAAUAAACGUUAAUACAAGUUAUUUUUUCGAUAGUAAUAGCUACUUAUAGUUUAUGUUGUACCAUAUAAAUGGGAUUCAGUGAAUGGGAUAUAAAGAUUUGAUACAGACUGAUAAGUUUCUUUUACUGCUGAUGAGCAAUCGAUAUUCGAUCCUAUUUCAAAGGAUUAAGGUUUAAUUUUAUGUGUAGUGUGUCUGCUUGUUUAUCUUGAAAUACGGAUUCUUGAAUAAAUAGCAAUAAUACUCUAUUUGCAUUAUUAUUUGAUUUCUUUUGUUCGAUGUUUCGACAGCUUUCGGUAUUGUAUCGAUUUCAAAUGUAAUUUGAUGUUUGCUCCAUUUUCAUAUAAACGAUUAUUUACGCCAUUUCUUUGUGAUUAAACUA